AUGAUUUUGCUUAUAUUUCCUAUAUUAGUUCUAAUUUUGAUGUAUUUAGCAGUAACCGGUAAAACUUUGGGUUUACGAGAAUUAUAUGUGAAUACCUUGGAUCGAAUUUUUUGAGGUAAACAAUUUUGAUUUGAAAUUUUUUGAAUAAAUAUUUUUCAGUGGGGAGCCACUGUAUGUGCAGCUUAUGACGAUACUGAAUAUGAGCAAGCUUUAAUUGAAGAGCCUACAAAUCCAGCUCCACUUGAACGAAAACCUAGAAGAACAUCUUCGUCUAGUGAUUUAGGUGAGUUGAAAUUUCUUUCUCUGUUUGGAAAAAAAAUCUGCAAACACCAGACUCUACGUACAAUAAUUUUAUUUUAUUCAGGAAUCAUUCAUCGUGAAAAAUCGGAUGUUAUUGAUGCAAAACUUCACGCCACAGAUGUUCCAACAUCCAAGAAAACAACAGUUAGUGUGUUGGUUGAUGACACUCUGGAUUUUAUUACUGUGAGUUUUUGAACAUUUUGAAGUGAAAAAAUUCUUUGAGGUUUACAGAAAAAUAAUUCAGAUAAAAAAUCAUAUUUUCUUGUAGGCUGGCAUGGAAGCUAUAAUAGAAGAUCAAGUGACAAAUCGAUUUUCCGCGGCUCAACUUCCAUCGUGGAACUUGCUCAGUCGCACUAAAUUUUCUUUCCACUACUUCAAGUCAGUUUAUUUUCGACUUACAUCAACUGAUAAUACAUUUUCAGCUGGCAAUUAACUAUUCUUUGGAUUCUUGGAUUUAUGGUCCGAUACUAUAUUCUGGUCCCAUUCAGAAUUGCAUUAUUUUUAAUUGCUAUCAUUCAAAUGUGCACUUUCACAACAUUUAUUGGCUAUGUUCCAAAUGCAAAGUGAGUUUGAUGAUUCAUUUAUCUUAAUUUUCCAGUAAAAAAGUAUGAAUUUCAGAGUUCGAAAAUGGUUGAAUCGUCGUGUUAUGUUAAUGAGUAUGCGUAUUUUCUCAAGAGCAUUUUCCAGUGUCAUCAGAUUCCACGAUAAGUGAGUUUUCGAAUUAUUUAGAAUUUCAAGAAAAAAAAGACAAGCUUUUCAGAGAAAAUCGCGCUAACAAAGGUGGUAUCUGUGUUGCAAAUCACACUUCUCCAAUCGAUGUAAUGGUUUUGAGUUGCGAUAACUGUUAUGCAAUGAUUGGGCAAAGACAAGGUGGAUUUUUGGGAUUCUUGCAAACCACUUUGAGCCGAUCAGAACAUCAUAUUUGGUUCGAGAGAGGAGAAGCUGGAGAUCGCAAGAAGGUUAUGGAAAGGUGAGUAGAAUUUUUUUUAAAUUAUAUUUUCAAUGAUUCUUUCUCAUUCAGAAUGCGUGAACAUGUUAAUGAUGAGAACAAACUUCCAAUUAUCAUUUUCCCAGAAGGCACAUGUAUCAAUAAUACUUCAGUUAUGAUGUUCAAAAAAGGAUCGUUUGAGGUAACCAUCUACCUUCUUUCCCCCUUGAAACUUUUUUUUGUAGAUUGGUAGUACAAUUUAUCCAAUAGCCAUGAAAUAUGAUACUCGGUUAACCGACGCAUUCUGGAAUUCAAGCGCUGAAUCAUACGGUAGAUAUUUAUGGAGUAUGAUGACAUCGUGGGCAAUUAUUUGCGAUGUUUGGUACCUUCCACCAAUGACACGUCAAGAAGGCGAAGAUUCGAUUUCAUUUGCAAAACGAGUGAAAAAAGCGAUUGCGAAAAAAGGCGGAUUAGUGGAUUUGGAAUGGGAUGGAGCGUUGAAACGGGAAAAAGUUUCGGAUAAACUUGUCACUUUGCAACAAAAAUUGUAUUAUGAACGUUUGGCAAGAACUACCACUUUGAACAGUUUUGACAAAGAAGAUGGGGCUGGAUCGGAGAUUUUGGAUAUUAUGCAAGGAAUAUCGGAAGAAGAAAGGGAUGAGUUAUUGAAAAAUAUUGAUGAACAAGAUGACGAUGAAAUUAUUAUUAGAAAGGUGAUUUUUGAAUUUUCUUUUCAAUUUAUGUAAGCAUUUUUUUUUCAGAUCUCUGACCUUAAGGGGCUCUCUGACAAACACGAAGAUCACAUAAAAGUUGAAUAA